AUGAAAGAAUGGCAGUGUCUUUGUUUUGCUAUUAGUGACACGAAAUAUGUGUCCAAUCAAAAAACUUCCUAUUACGGAACAAGAACGUUGCUUUUGUUCUGUACUUUGAUCCAUGCAAGCCUUUUUUGGCCGACUGUCCUAUUAGAGAUCAAAAUACGUAUACCCACAGCAGAAGAGAAAGCUUUGGUGGAAAACAUGACCAGUUGGAUACAGAACGAGACAAUAAAGACGUACAUGUCCUCGCACCUGCUUUUAUGUCCCAAUCAGGACAUGUGUUUCGGAGAUAAAUUUAAGAGAAACUACACAUACGAACAAAAAAUUCACUCUUGUUCUUUGUGUAGCUGCAGUGAUGAAUGUUUCCGAAAAAAAAAUUGCUGUCCUUGGCGAAAUUACGUACAAAGUAAAAACAGUACCCCUAAUUUUAUAACAUAUUUGGAUCACAGAGUUUCAAAGCCCUCACGCUAUGAUAACAUUCCAUUAGUAUGUAGAAAAGCCGUACUUCAUGAAAAAUUUUACGUCGAGCAAGGAUACUUUAUGAUUUCUUCAUGUCCAGACCAUUUUGUCGACGCUGAAAUUGUCCGAAAAUGCCAAGAAUCUGAAAACGAUGAACGUGAUUAUCGUAGGGCCCAACCUGUAACUUCUUUGCGAUCGAACGAAACCUUUAAAAAUCGCGACUGUGCUCUUUGCAAUGAAGAACCUCCCGAGACGUUGCUGGCAUGGACGACAAGGCUUUUCUGCAAGGAGGCAAAAGACACUUUCCAGAUCACUUCCGAGGAAGAAUUACAGAGAAAACUGUUUGUACCAUCACCCUUCUGUAACGUAGAUUUUUUACCCCCGUCGAAUAUUAUGGAAGAUAAAGUCAGAAAAUGUUAUACCGAUAACAUGCUAGAGAAAAAAUGCAAUGGUUCGAAAGAUUGGGAGAAAUUUGAUUCAGAGACAGAAAGAGGAUGUCACAUGGAUUAUGUUAGCCCGUAUACUCACUGCAAACCCAUAAACACUCAUCAAACUUUCAAGAACAUAUACUGUGCAAUGUGUAACGUUAAGAAUUGGACCAAAGAUCUCGCUAUAGAGUGUGAUGACGAUUUUUCGAUUGGAACUAUUAAAUUUUCAUUCUCGGCAUUGCUUGAUUUCAGUGGAAGCUAUUCUAAGAAAGAUGCCCAACCCAGGGAGUGUCCUGAACAGCAAAUAUAUGAUCCUCUGAUGAGGAAAUGUCUUCAAAUAAAUUGCGGGUCAAGUCUGAUGUAUGAAAACAAUGAAUGUGUUCCAAUUCACAAAAUGAUAGACCAUCACUUUUAUGAAAUCAACUUGAUAUUUACACCACACAGAAGAGAUACGAACACAACUGUACUUGGAGCUCUCUCUGCGAUUUUAGAUGAACUACUGAGGAAUAACGACAUUCAGAGGCAUAUGACUGUUCUUCAUAGCAUGUCUAACGAAGAUGACAGAUACCGUAAUUCUGUAGAAGAUUCUGAUUUUUAUAUUGCCGUGUAUGUAGAAUUGAAAGUUAAAGAACUUCACAAUCACAAAAAAUAUAUGGAAAAUCUCAUUGAUAUAUUUCGCUUCUCGUCCUCGUUAUCCAAGACUUUCAAAAUUGAAAUUAUUGGCCAAUCAUUUAGUUCAAAAUAUUACCCUAUGUUUUUAUCAGGCCAGGUCGUAAAAUUCUUCCAGAAUCCUUUUUCUGCCGACUUAUGGUAUCCACAAUUGACUAUUCCGGGUAAAAUUGUAAGUAUUUUAAAUGUUGAUAGAUAUAUGCGGUCAGUCUUAGCUCCAGUUACUUUGUGUCCAAGAGUAACAAUACACAAAAGUCAAACCAAAGUUAUUGUGUCCAAAUUAACACUCUGUUUAGUCGAUUAUAAUUUUUGUGUUAAAUCAGAGUACUUCACGGAAUCGCCAGAUAAAGCUAAGGUGGAGGUCUGUGUGGAUCAGUAUGUGCAGGGAAUGAAUGCAGCCUUCUCCAUAUCAUUGAAAUCGUUUACAGAAGAAAGAGUUUUGUCGAUGAUUUGCCUAUCUUUAUCCUCAUUCGGAUGUAUUGGGUCAGUGGUGACACUUAUUAUACAUGACGAAAUCAAACAUCUUUAUGGGUUAAAUGUUGUCUCUACAUCUAUACAUUUGUUACUAGCUAACAUCUUCUACUUUCUUUCUACGGUCUCACCCUUCUCAUCCAUUCUCUGCAUGACUGUGGGCGCCAUUACCCACUUCCUUUGGCUAUCAGUUAUGACGUGGAUGACGUCUUCCUGUUUUUCUUUCUUCCGUAUGUUUACGACCACCCGGUUAACAAAACUAGAAACUCCUCCUACGAGGAAAAAGUUUCUCUGGAAUAUGUUUUGCAGUUUCUUUUUCCCAUUUUCCAUGGUAUCGUUGAAUGUACUGAUAAGUUUUCUUGUAUUCCCAAACCAUAGUUAUGGGUAUUCAAUGUUCACGUGUUACAUCUCUAAACCGGAAAUGAUCUUUUACACCUUUGCUUUGCCUUUAGCAGUAAUGGUCGUCCUUAAUAUCUUUAUGGUUAUAAUGACAGCCCGUAGAAUCAAGAUAAGACGUAGCGCAUCGUUGCUCCUAGACAAUGACCGACGCAUGGUUCUUAUUUUCUGUAGAUUGUCUACACUCACUGGGGGGGCGUGGCUGUUCGGAUUUUUUCAUCAAAUUUUCCAGAUUCAAGUGUUUUCGUACUUGCACAUUCUCAGCACUGGUACACAAGGUGUAUUUAUUUUCUUUGCGUUUGCAUUCCAGUUGAUUUCAAAGAGUUUUAAAACUUGGAAAAUGGAGAAAACAAAGUCGCAGGCAACUGACACGGCAGAAAGCAUGUAA